AUGGCUCUGCAAUCCGAAGCUUCUGCUGCUGCUAGCAGUCCAACGUUGAAGGAGCUCGUUGAAUCCCUGAGAGCUCAGGCUUCAAGGACGCCGGACACAUCACACGUUCAACCCGACCAUAGUCAGGACGCUGUGUCAGCCGUCGAGCGCCCGUCAGAACGGCCAAUGGUCCCAACAAGCAGAACUGACUGGGAAUCCAAAAAGAAAACCAUACAGGAACUCUAUAUGGAUCAAAACAUGGUCCUUAACGACGUCAUCGACAUCAUGAUUACCAAGUAUCGGUUCAAAGCCACCGCGAGGAUGUACAAAGGGCAGUUCGCAAAAUGGAAAUGGACAAAGUACAACAAGUCUGGCAAACCCGGAUCAAUAAAAACAACAAGGUCAAGAGUUGUGAAGAGAAAGACCACGACUGCUCGAAAGCCCGCGGCCCGAGCUGAUGGGAUGUGGGAACUGAUGCCCACACAAGCACAGCAUCUGGUGUCGCUUUCACAACAUGCCCACCUCCAGUAUCUCACCGACGAGGAUUGUCGAGUGGAAACCACUCUCAGCGCCUAUGCCGCCCUGAUAUCUCACUGGUCCGAGCUGGAAACCCCGUGGAGGACCGACUCGGACCAGAAACCCAACUUCUCUGAGCUCUUCCAACCCCGGGGCUAUUCCAUCCUCCAACACGUCCGAUCCGCAUAUGACUUCUUCCAGGCCGGCCAGCCACAGCAAGGCGGCGACAUGCUCCGCCGCGCUUUCCUCGGCAUCGAGUCCGCCGUCGAGAACGGGAUCGACAUGGAGGCCCUCUGGGACUGCUGCCUCGCGGUGCCACACCUGGUGCUAGUCACGGGCUGGACCGACAUGCUCGCCAUCUUCGCCCGCUACCUCCACCAAUACACAACCAUCAAGCUACAAUCCCAC